AUAUAUGAAGUACUUAUAUCCAUACGAGUGCGAAAAAAGAGGGCUGAGCAAUCCCAAUGAACUCCAAGCUGCCAUUGACAGCAACCGGCGAGAGGGCCGUCGGCAAGGAUUCAGUGGUUCAAUCUUUACUUACUCCCCCAGCGGCACUCAUACCAUGCUGUCUUCACCCAAGAUUCAAGUACCAACCUUGGGACUGACCUCAGCCACCAAUGGCAGCCCCAUUGCCCCUGUUCCAAAAAUCAAGAAAGAGGAAGAUUCUGCAAUUCCCAUCCCAGUGCCCACCCGCCUGCCCGUCUCACUUGCAAGCCAUCCUGUCGUCGCAGCGCAGGCUGCAGCUGUGCAAGCAGCAGCAGCCCAAGCUGCUGUAGCUGCUCAAGCUGCUGCGUUGGAACAGCUGCGGGAGAAGCUGGAAUCAGGGGAGCCGCCAGAAAAGAAGAUGGCACUUGUGACAGAUGAACAGCAGCGUCUGAUGCAAAGGGCAAUCCAACAAAACUUGCUCGCCAUGACCGCUCAGCUGCCGAUGAGCAUCCGGAUCAACAGUCAAGGGGCACGCUCACCAGAAAACCGCCAAGACUCUUCCAUGAACCUGGCUGCCAAUGGCACCAGUAGCAUUAGCAUGUCAGUCGAGAUCAAUGGCAUCGUGUAUGCAGGAGUGUUGUUUGCUCAAACUCCAGGAGCCUCGACUUCUCACAAUAAAGGAAGCGCCAACAGUGGGCGGAGUUCCAGCAGCACCGGCAGUGGUGGUGGCAGUGGUGCAACAGGUGGCACGGCAGCAGGUUCACAAGUUGGUGUGCCCCCUGCACCGACUUCUACCUCAACCAACUCCUUAUCGCCUUAAACCCCACCACCUCUUCUUCCUCCUCCAUCCCGCAAAAAUGAAGACGCCGUUUGGACAGUACAUUAGAGACCGGCCCUUUCCUUACCUGUUCCCCCGUGUGCAGUGGGGGAGUGAAAUUGUGCCUUCCCCACCCUCUGAUACCCCCAGGCAUCAGGACCUGAGUGAUACAUUUGGAUGGGGUUUUCUCGGAUUUUGGAGCAGGGUGGUGGGGGAAUCAGUGAUGAACCUAACCGCUUGUGGCAUCCAGCCAUGGACAUCAAGGGGUAACAAGAAUAGUGUAGGUGGUCUCUAAAGGUGCAAACUCCCCCCUCCCCCCAGGCAGCAAGGAGUUCAGGGAUGGUACUGUCCCAGGUUGGGACAAACAUUAAGAAAACAAAGUGCAUUUUUUUCCUACCACAGCUGAAAACCAAACACCAAACCAGAUUUAGCACUCAGUUUCUGGGGAACUGGAGUACCUGGAGUGAUGGUUCUCUCCUGUCCUCCUUCCUCUGCUGGGGUUUUUUUUUCUCCUCCCCUUUAAAGCAUUCUUUCCCUGUUUGGUAUUCUCUGUUUAGGGUUGUGCUCCAUGGGGUCCUGGGCACUGCAGUCCCUACAUACCCGGAGGGCACCAAUUUGGGGAAGGCUGCUUCCAUUUGGAAAGAAACAUUGGGAAGAACAACCACACAAAAGCUAAGUGGGGUGGAGGGGUGUUGUUAAAUUCUGAGCCGGAGCAAUACUGUGCAGACUAGCUUUUUGACGUAAUGCAUUGUAGAUCCAUAACUCCUUACCUCAUGCAAAUCCACACUUUGCACUGUGUGUCCUUUUGAUUUUUAUUUUAUUUUUUAAAUUAUUCUUUGGGAUACCUCCAGACAAGUAGCAGUGGCGGCAGUGGGUGUGCCUCCACUCUCACAGGCUUGCUUUGAAAUGGAACCCUAAAUAAAAAAAUACAUAUAUCAAAGAUUUCACAGAUUGAGGAUAAUUUGGGGAAAGCUUUAUUCCUUGCCUUUUUGAAAACUGCUGUCAAACUAUUUAAGGAAAAUGAAAGGGAGGGUGUAAAUACAGUGUUUAUUUUCAAUAGAUCUCUCUCUCCUCUCCCAAAUUAGACUCAUAAAGCAAGCUUCAUGUAUUUGCAUUUGUUAGGGAAAGCACCUCUAAAAUAUGUUUCUUCUUUUUAUCUUGCUAUAAUAACAACUCUUUGGAGCUGUCUGACUUCUUCCUCUUCCCCCCCCCCCCAGAUCUGGGUAGGGCUUUGAGGGUGCUCAGGUAGUUUUUUGUGUGUGGAGUGGGUGGGGUUUGAGGGGCUAUGGUAGCAUUUCAUAGGAUAUUUUUAUACAGAGCUGCCUCACCCCACGUAUGGAUUGUACGUAUGUGAGAGUGAGGACUGAAAGGAGCAGCCUGCCAGCUGUUUAAUUGUUGGGUCUCUUCUAAUUCAUCUUAACCUACAGAAGAUUCUGUCUGUCAUACAGUAACGGUGGUUGAUUGCUUCAGAUGUUUCUUAAAAACAAUUUAAAUAGUAGCAUUUACCUGUGGCAAAUUUCUGCAAAGCUGCUUUUUUCCAAGCUUCUUUUCAAAGCACACCUAUUUAGAAAACAGAAGGGAGUGGCAUAGUCACCAUGAUUUCUCUCCCACUGGUGGGAAUUAUAGUGGGGGUGCACUACAGAAUCCCCAUAGUUCUCAGUCAACUGUCAGCUACCUACAUUUAAUCCCACCCUCCUUUUUAAGCAUGAUUUGUUAGAAGUACUGUAGAUCUAACUCCUCAGACCACGUUAAGACUGGCUUCCUUGCUAGCAUUCAGAUACAUUUGGAACAUGGGAAUGAGAAACUUGUUAUGGGUUGUCCUGUGCCUCCAAAAUGAGAUUGGGCAGUUUUAGUGAAGCUUGCCUGACUACUGUAUGGGGUUGUGUAGGGUUCUACCAGUCUCCAGCACUGUUGGGGUGUCUGUGCCACUCCAGAAUCACUCCUGCCCUAUUUAUAAUUUCAUUUACAAGGAAUCAAAGGAUCUGCAGGACAAAUAUCUUCCAUCAUCUCUAGCAGAGAUCACUCCAUUUUGCCCCCCUCCCCGACCCACCAAACUCAAAGCUUUCUGGGAUCUCCAUGGUUUGGUCUUCUAGCAUUCUUUCUCUGAGUAGCUGUGUUUGGGUUUGCUUUAGAAUAGCUGAAAAAGAGGCAUCUACCUUGAUUUUUUUCCCCAUUGCUUUUUGCAGUUACAGAGGAGGUGACAGAAAUAGUCUCUGGUCCUUCUCUGCAAAAUAUAGAAAGGUAGCUUGGAAACAUCAUGUUCACAAUCUCAAAAACUAUUAUGUUUUUCAGGGCCACCAUUUUCAGCUUCUCUCUUCCUUCUGACCUCUUCCUUUAAUGCAUUUUAGAAAAAAAUCCUUUGGAGUUGAGCAUUUCUAUUCCAAAAGGCCGGUGAACUUUACAUCAAAAAGAUAUUCAUUCUCCCUUGCAAGAGCCCCAUGCUUAUUUUGAUGGCUCCCCCCCCCCCCCUUUUAAUUUGCCACUGAGGGAAGUAGACUGAGGUGAGCAAUUUGGUUAAUUCCCUCUCUCCAUUCUCCUAGGGUAUAUGCACUCCAAUUCACUCACUUCAUACCCUCUAAAAGUAUAAUUUAUUUCAGCCCAUGCAAUUAAAUGAGUGCCACUUUCAAAGAAAUGGAGCCUCUAUAAGAGAGAUGCUAUUUGUGGAUUUACCCUGUUAUGAGACAGAACCUUGAAAACUAGGUAGAGACAUAGUUGGAAGAUGUUGCUUUAUCAUUGACUCCCUCCCAAUGUUAAUCACAUACCUUAGAGUUAAGAUUUUUUGCUUUGGCAUGUUGUAAUUUUCUGUGUGGUUAGUCUAAGUGAGCUCUGCAAAUUUUUAUGGGGUUUGAAGCGGGUAUAUGUUCUCUCUUCCUCUUCAUUACUGGGAUUUUAAUGCUAUCACUUAGUUGCAUCAUACAAUAUACUGGAGUGUGGUAACCCUUUCCCUUAGGGCUGGUUUUUAAGUGAGAUUCUGAGAUAUUGUAAUUGAUGUAGCAUAACAGAAACUAUUUGAGUUAGUAUGUCAGCAUUUUCAAGCAGGAGGCAUUUUUCAACCUCACUGAAUAACCCGUUACACCCAGUUGGAUGAUCAUUUUCAUCAUGCCCCAGACAGGAUGCUUGGUGGGGGGUGUUAGGAGAUGGAGUCCCACACUUUUGAUUGGGUGCCAAUUUAGCAAAGGCUGACCUAUGGAGAAUUCACAGUUGUGGCUCAAGGGGCUCUUGGGCACGCUAAAGAAAAGUCAGCCUAUCUUCAGCUUCUGCAGAUUCUGAAAGGGGCACACUUCACUCUUGGAAGCAGAGCGUCCGGGCCACAUUGAGCUGUUUCCCAAAGUUACAGCCCCCAGGUGUUUCAGUCUGUUUGGGGCCUUUUUGCUGUAGUUCAGCAUUGCAACCCCUCCCCUCUAACGCCAGAUAAAGGUGAAAUCCCUUGGGUUACAAGUAUAUGUUUAGAAACAUGGGGGAAAGCAUGUUGUCUUUAAAUGAUGGAGGAGGAGGAUGGUUUGGCUUUCUGAGAUGAGCCAAAUGGAGCACCCUGAGCCCCACAAGCUGCCACCCACAGGGAGUUUUUCCAUUCUCAGGAUUGCAGAGGGUAUCUCGUGGGAGAAAAAAGUGGCCUCUUAAGAGAGAGAAAUCCAGUAGAUUGGCUUCUAAGGGGUGUAGAGGAACUGUGAAGUGGCUUAACCAUGAAAGGGAAAAGGAAAAAGUGCUCUUAAAGUGGAAUUGGUGGAUCUAACCCUUUUUAGAUGGGAAAAACUCUCUUUCUGCCUCUUUUGCUUCCAGAAUGAACUUUCUUUUGACACAGGUUGGGAACGGAGGGAGACAUGCCUCUUGCCAGGUGCACUUUCAAGAAAGGCUUUUCUUCUCUAGUUAGAUGCUGACUGGUUGGUGGAGGAAGAAACAUGUUUCUCUUUCCGCCCACGGUCAUUGCCAGAGGGUUUGUCUGUGACCUGUGGGCAGCCAAAGGGAGGAGAGCAUCGGCACAAGGCGUCCCUCAUAAUUUCAUCUGUGCUCCAUUGGUUUGAUAACAAGAUGGUAUCAGAUCCCAAUCUGAAAGCAUUCCUACCCAUGGACUACCCUGCCAUUUUGAGACUUUCUGUGAAGACUAGCUUUUAAGUUGGAGCCUUUCCCCUCACAACCUUCACCACAGUUCAUUUUGUGUGUGUGUGUGUGUGUGUGUGCGCGCGUGUGUGUUCUAUGCUGAAUCAGCAUUCCCCAACACAAUUCCCUCCAGAUGUGAUAGGACUGCAACUCCCAGAAUGCCCAGACAACGUGGCCUAAGGAAUUCUGGGAACUGUGGUGGUACCAUUGCUAGAAGAGGUCCAGCUGGUGAAGGCUUGAUGUUCCAGGGCUUCUGUGGGAUCUGAAGACUGUCUACCCCUUUUAUUUUCUGAUCCAACCUACACACCCACACACACACACCCAGGUGGAACCAGCUGAAAGCAUUUGAUUCCUUUUUUGCAUAAGCUAACUACAUUGGGAUGUGCCUCGUUGGGCUUUAAAAAGCAGAGUUCUCGACUUUUGUGGAAAUCUCAGAGGAUUCGGCUAAGCUAAAAUGGAAGUUGAUUUCUAGAUGUUAUGUCUGAGGUGGGCUUUGUAAGUGUGGCAAUGAAAAAAUCUCUACUUCUUCCCAGCAAAACUUUCAGUUGCAAUUGCCAGUAAAUUCAAUCAGUAUCUAUAUUCUCUGCCAGAUGACCAACAUUAUUUUGUUUCUUUCAACAGAAUAUUCCAUUGAAUAUUCCAUUUCAAGGCUUUUUAAAAAAUCUGUAUUUUCAUGCUUUCUUAAAAUGAUUAUCCAAAUUUGGCCCAAGAUUUAUGUCCCUGCAAACCAUGCCCAAGGUGCAAAAUUGUUCUGCUGUCAUCUUCCUUUCUUAAGCAAAUUAUUCCUGGUCUAACCUUAGCUGUAAGUAGGAGAUAUGUAAACAAGUUAUCCGAGGUCUAACGAGUAUGGUUGUGUGUUGAAUAUGUUGACUAUAAAGUGGGUGAAACUGUCACAGGCAAGAGUUCAGCCACAUUAGGGUGGGGAGAAACUGCUCCUGUAUUCUGUAUCGUUCUGUGAAAUAAGGUGAGUGUAUUGAGACGGUGUCUUUCUGUUUUGUGUCUCUGCUUCCCAAACAUCUGUUUGCUAGAUAAUUGGUUAGAAUAAGUUAAAGCAGCCUUUUUGUUGUGAAUUGUGGAUCCAUGUCAUCCUGUGUAUCACUCCUCUUCCAUCCUCAGAGGGAAAUUUUUUUACCUACCUGUUGGAUGGACAAUCUUCCCCUGGCAACAUAGAGAUGUUUUAAAGAAUAUGCAGUUCCUUCCUCAACAAACAGGCAAUUAGGGUAUCCAUCUUGUCAAAUUUUAGGCCAAGCAUUGUUCCCUCCUCUGGUGGCUGCUUGUUGUAGAGAGACAAAGGCCCUUCUACCUUCCUUUAGUAAGGUAACAUAUGCACAAGUGUCUUUCUCAUGUAUGCUGUUCCAUGUGGGAGCUGCAAUUAAAGUAAUUAGCUGUAGUUUUCUAUUUCAUUGGAAUGGGGGAAAACAGUGGUUAUUAGCUUUGGAAUAAGCUAGGAUAUUAAUCCAGCUUCAAAUAAUGCUUUAAUGUCCCAGAUUAUUCCAGCUUUUGAUGAUCAGUUCAGACUAUGGGGAAGCUGGUUAAAACAAGCUCUUUGCUUGUUUUGCUGUAUGUUACAAAGAGAUUGUGAGGCUUGGCAAAGGAUGUGUGUGUAUUUUAGCCAUAAGAAUGUCCAAAUGUCGCCAAACCUUGUGACAGCUUUCAGGAGCUACAAAGUGCAAGGUAUCACUCUUGGUUCCUCAUUUUGGUAGCUCUUUCUUUGGAAUUCACUGGUCUCAAUCGAAAUAAUUUAAAUUUCUGCCAAUUUUGCAUGAGAGACCCUUGCAACCUGUUUGUCCACUAAGCAUGUCACUCUAUUCAUUAUUGGUGGGUGGGUCUUGGGAUUUUUCCCCUAAACAUGAAAGAGGGUUCUAGUGUGUGGGUGGGUGGAGAAGAAAGAUUCUAUAACUAAAUUUAUAUAA